CACUUUUCUCUCCAUUAACCUUCAAUCAACAUACCUUCAAUCAACAUGGUCUCCUACUACGACGAGAUUGAGAUAGAAGAUUUCAGUUGGGAUCCCGUUGCAAAAGUCUACCAUACCCCAUGUCCUUGCGGAGAUCGAUUUGAGAUAUCCAGAAGUCAACUCGCAAAAGGAGACGAAAUUGCUACUUGUCCGAGCUGUAGUUUAAUCGUUCGAGUAGUCUAUGACUUUUUGGACUUUGAGGAAUAUUUGGAUGAUGAAAGUAGUCAAGGGGAUUCAGUUGAAAACGAAUCGAACUCGGUUGAGGAGGCUCUGGCUGAGUUGAAGAUUUGAGAUUCGAUUCCGAGUGCGGUGAUACAGACUCGACUUUGUCUCUCAGUCUUUCCAUCUUGUAAACUUGAAGGUCGAAAACACAAGAUCAAGGUAGAACGAAAAAGGAACCCGACCCAUGGCCAGUAAAUCAACAAUUCAAACAUACCGUCGAGGUUAGUCAAAACAAGGCAUGCACUCUGAUCAACGUCGGGAUCUUAACAACGACCUCCGGUCACCCGGAAUACCCUUAUUGACUCUCAUAAGGACGAUGAUAAAGUCAAAGAUGUCACCACCGAGUCAUGCCGAGCCAGUGAUCUUGCUGCUUCCCCGGGAUUGUAGCUUAACACAAUCAUAACAUGCCCCUCAACACAAUCAAAUUGAUGAUCAAGACAAACUCUUGUUAGACAACUUUGACUAAACCAUCAAGAACUACAUCAAAAUCGUUCUCUUUGUCAUUUUAAUAUGCCAUCUACUAUAUUCCUGUUAUAAUUUUCUUUCGGUGUCCAUUUGACUCUUUGAAUCC